GAGGCAGUGGGUGUAGCCCGGUCUCAGGCUCGGAAAGCGCAUUCGGUCCGCUUGCACGCCGCGCCUGGCCGUUAGGGGACACUUAUUAAGCCGUUUUUCCAAAUCUGAAACAAAUAACAAAAAUACAUCGAAUAUGGGAGUGGAAGGUUGCACAAAAUGCAUCAAAUACUUACUAUUUAUCUUCAACUUCAUUUUCUGGCUGGCCGGUGGUGUCAUUCUGGGUGUGGGACUCUGGCUUCGGCAUGACGAACAGACCAGAAACCUCCUUUCGCUGGAGUUCGACGGUGCCCAGGCUCCCAGCACCUUCUACAUCAGCACUUACAUCUUGAUCGCUGUUGGUGCUGUGAUGAUGUUUGUUGGGUUUUUGGGCUGCUAUGGUGCCAUUCAGGAGUCACAGUGCCUUCUGGGAACAUUCUUCGCUUGUCUGGUCAUUCUGUUUGCCUGUGAGGUCGCUGCUGGAAUCUGGGGCUUCAUGAACCGUGAACAAGUCUCCAAGGAGCUGAUUAAGUUCUAUGAUUCUGCCUAUGACAAGGCUUCUUUGAGUAUUACAGCAGAUAAUGACCCAUCCCUUGCAGUGGUCCAUGUCUUCCAUGAGACGCUGGAUUGCUGUGGAAAGGGGGGAUUAUGGAAUUUAUUGACUGAUACAUUGGUUACUAAACUGUGCCCCAAGAAGGAAGUACUCUUGCCCACCAAGACGAACUGCCACGAGAGGAUAACAGGGCUCUUCUCUGAAAAGCUGUACCUGGUCGGCAUCGCUGCUCUGGUGGUUGCUGUUAUCAUGAUAUUUGCGAUGAUCUUCAGUAUGGUUCUCUGCUGUGGGAUCCGCAACAGCCAAGUCUACUAAACAGAAGCCAUUGAACAGAGAAGAAAUAGAUCUGUUGGAUUUUAUAUUUUUUUUUUUACUUUUUGAUGUAGUGUUGAUGUUUACUUUUGAUCUUAUUAAAAUACUACUCUUCUCUAACAAAAUUUUAAAUCCCAAACAUAGUCUUCCCAGCUGUAGAUUUAUGGGCAGAGAAUGUUGGACAGUAUCACAUUAAUGUCCUUAUAUGUAAUAUUUAAUCCAAAGCUGUCAAUGGCUUGUUACUAUCCUGCGCUAAAUGCAGUCUUUAUUUUCGUUAUUGCUCUCUUUGCAUGUAAAUGCAUAAAGGAAACACUCACAGUUUCCAAUGAGUCAUGUGAUCACAGAUAGUCACUAAACUGACCUUAAAAAUAACCAGUGUCCUGUGGCAAAUUUUAAAGCACUAUAAAGCGAUUUAAAAACUUUGUAAGGCGAUCGGGAAUGAAAAGUCAACUUUUGCCAAAAGAAGCUCAGACUGCCCGUGUUUAUGACAGUUAUGUCAGUAUGCUAAGUAGAAACUUUUGUGUACUGUAUGAUACUGUUUCUGUAAUAACAUUGCUCUGUACAGAACGUGUGUAGUGCAGUUCCGGUAAUUCCGGUUUCACUAAUAUUAUAUAUAAUGAGCAUACAAUUAGAUGUUGAAAGUAUGUACACACACACCACCUUAUCUUAUUAAAACAUUUUAAGAAUAGGCGGCUAAAAAUCUAGGUGUCUGAUGUUUUCGGAAAUCCUUCUCCUAUAUGCACUCAGUACGAUGCUAUCAGGUAUUGGUACUUCCUGUUGGUUCCCAAUUUGCUUGUUCUUUAGUACUGUGGGGGGGUCUGGAAGCUCAGGAGCUGGUUCCCCAUCGGGUACGUUUCCAGUAUAUUGUAUUCAAGCUCUGUUGGGCUUUACGUAGCAUUUUAGUCUUGGUUACAGCUUGUCCUGGGGGAUCCUGAACUAUUGCAGCCCAAUACUUGAGCAUAUUUCCAAAUUUCCUACGAAAACAUCAUAUAGGUGUGGAAAGUUAAUUUAUUAAAUAGCCCCGUAAUACAGCCGUUCCUCCUGUCCAGUUGGUGCCGUAAUUUUUUUGCUUUUGUGAUGUUGCCCAGAAAAGCCUUAUAAAUAUUGUGAGUUUCAUCACAGGUACUUAAUGAAUCUGUCAUUAGUGAAAUUCCACGCCUGGAUCAUUUAACCAAGACUGAACUUUAUUCAUUUUCUAUCUACAUACUUUGUGAUAAUUUUCUUCUUUAACCAGCCUAAGACACAAAGGGGACCAGUCUUGUUACCCACUCACAACUGUACACACUGAAACUGUGUCACUGUAAAUCACCUUCCGUUUGAAGACGCUUUUUAAAUAACACACCGGAUGUUUGCCUAGGUUUCGUUUCGUUUUCAUGCCAAACGUAGAAGCUUGUCGCCAUGGUAAUAUUGUUGCUGCCUGGCGACUAUAGGAUUGCAUUUAUACUUAUGUCUUGCCAAAGCUGACCCAGCAGUGAUGUUAUGGGGUCACUUCCAGUCCCCUGGAAGCAGCAUGACGCCACGCUUGUUGCCUUAGAACUGCAAUUUCCACUUCCCUUGUUAACCCCCUGCGGUAUGCGUGUUUCUUUGUGUUUGUAUGUUUGCCUGUGUGAGCAUGCGUCUGUAUCUCAGAUUCUAUGUGCCUAUGUGUGUGUGUGAGCCUCUGUAUGCCUGUAUGCGUGUGUGCGCGUGUGCGCUCGCAUGUCGAUCCUGGUGCAGGUCUUGGAACACAGCGCUUGAGGGGCAUGUGACCGUAUGCCACAGGCCUUUCCUGCCUCACAGGUGGGGCUGCUGGGUGUCGCUUGGUGAGUAAAACCGGAAUUCCCUGACCCCGCUGCCCAGAGAAUGACCGGAACAGCUCGGUGUUGGAAACAGCUGGAAAUCCCACACCACUAGAGGUCAGGCUUGUAUUCAUCUUGUGAUGCAAUUCCAAGACUCGUUCCCAGCAAAGAUAGCAUCACAGCCUGUUGUUGAUCUUGGCCUUCUGCCUACCUGGCUGCAGGCACGGUCUCUGUGCCAAGAACAGUGCUGGUUUUGCAGCAACAUACGAGUUACUGACAGGUGGUCUGACCCUCAAUUCUGCACUCAUACAUGAGUGAUCACAUGCAAUACAUGGAAAAUCUGUAAACUUACUUGGUUUUAAGGCACUAUCAUGUUAACCCUUAAUGCCUAUUAUAUACAUGUAUAAUAUAUAUAUGUACUAAUUAUGUAAAAAAUAUAUAAGCUUCUGGUGUACUCUGGUAAUUCUUUGGUUAAGAGGAAAACAAGAGCAGAGAUUGAAAUGUAAGUGUCCUGCCUGUUACUGACAAGGUCAACACUUCAUGUGUUUAGACACAAAGAAGUAAAUCAUGUUGAAAUUAGAUGACGUAAGAUUAAGUCGCUGUCUACAGUGGAUCGUACUGUCAAAAUGAAUUGAGAACACAUGGACUGAUGAAUGGUUAGAGCUGCAGUUAUGAAAUACAAUCAGUCAUUGUUAAAACAUGGAUCCAUGAUUAUCAGUCAUUCUUAAAAUCGGAUUUUAAAAAAUAUUUGCUGUCCCAAGAGAGACAGCCAAAUCAUUGUCGUUCAAAUCUUUGCCCUUGUUUAAUUUUAGUUUUUGUUGCUCAGAUUUGUAGGAUUAAAUGGAUUCUACAAAUCUUGCAUGUACGUUUCUUGUUUUUCUUUUCUUUCCCAAUUCAUGGGUUGGAUCUUUUCUGUCUCCUGUGGGCAGGUGGGUCCCUGUGAGAUUAGAUGGGAAAAAAUGAAUAAAUGAGUUUUGAGUUUCA